GGCCCCACGCAGGAGGCUGUCAAGGUGCGCGCCAUGAGGAUCCUCAAGCAGCGCAAGAUGUACGAAGGUGAAUGUGACAUGCUUUACAACAAAACCUAUAAUCUUGACCAAGUUGCUUGCGCAUCGGAAGGAAAUAAAGAUGCUCAACAAAUUAUAAAUGUAAUGAAGGCUGCCAAUAAAGAGUUGAAACGGAUGAUGACAACUGUCAGGAUUGAAGAUAUAGAUAGCAUGCUAGACGAGAUGAUGGAUCUUAUGGAUGUGAGCAAUGAAAUACAGGAAACUCUUGGUAUAAGCUAUGCCAUCCCACGGAAUCUCUCGAAAGAGGCUCUCCUUGAUGCUUUGGAAGCUGAUAUGGACUUGGAAUCAAACUCAGUCCCAUGGUACCUCCAACCAGACAAGGAGACUGAUCUUUUUUCUGAGCUUAACUAUCCUGCUGCACCAAGUGGUCAUGCAGCAGUCCUGGCAAACCAGCAGCAGGAGGAUGAACUGGGAUUGUCUACAGUGCCGCACGCAUCAAUUCGUAUCUGA